UUCUUGGUCGGACAACGGAGGACCGGAACAAGACAGACCAUUGCCGAUUGUUCGGUGGGAUUUUGGGAUGGCAAUUCAUCUCAAGAAGCUGCAAUUGCUAGGCUCCUCAACCGGCCGCCUGUUUGAGAGUACUUGCCCGUGGGGAUUCUGUUUCCCGUCUCCGUUGGAAAGCAGCACUGGGACGAUGCUGAAACAAAUUGCCAAGAGUUCUGGAAAUGGCACAAUGGUGGGGGUCGAGUCCAUCCAUUGGGCACAGAUUGAUUCGAAACUGAUUGAGAUUGGUGCUGUUGUUCAUUCAAAUGGUGUGGAGGGUGAGAAUGUUCAUGUGGGGUCAGGAGCUGUUGUUGGACCUUCUGUUACUAUUGGUCAUUCUACAAAAAUUGGGUAUAAUGUUUCACUAAGUAAUUGCAGAAUUGGUGAGUCAAUGCAUAAUCCACAAUGGAUCAUACAUCGGUCAAGAUGGUUCUCUUUUCCGAUGUGGCAUCAGCUCCUCAAUCGUCCAGCUAUCGUUCGGAGAACUGGUGUGUGACUGUCUGCCUUUGUAGAACUUGACUUUUCAUGAGGUAAUGGAGUUGGUUCAGUCUCUACAAGGCCGCUAAUGGCCAUUGCUAGAACCGUUUGGAGGCUGCAUUAAGUCUAUGCUGCGCUGGUAAGGUAGGUCUAGGACGUCUCGACGAGAGUGAGAGGUGGCGGCUGAUCGAGACUGUCAGGAUUGAAAAAUUUUUCUUAGGCAGGCCAAAGAAAGGGCGCCUCAAAUGUCAUUAUCAAUGCAUUGAUGGCCAUUUAGAGAGGCUACUAUUGUUUCCUUGCAUUGCUAAUUCAUAGGAAUAUGGCUGCGCCAAAAACAGUACAUAUAUUGCACGAGUGAAGGGGAAUCGGAAUAUAUGUAUUUGCAGCACGCGCGCAGCCCCACAAAGAGCCACCAUAUAUAAAUAUACGUACCAAUUGUCAGCUCCUCGACCACUCUAGUUGUUCCUAGUCUAUUAAGCCACUUUUUAGGAAGAGGGAUGUACAUGAUUCCUUGAAAUUGAACACGAAGGAAUCAACAUCAUCAAUAGAGUGGUCAUAGAUUUAUUAAUUAGAAUCUAUCUAGGCUCAUGUCGAUACGGCAGAUUAAUCUUUUGAAUAUAUCUUGUUUCCUGCAGUAAUCAAGGCCAAGCCACGCCAAAAGCGGUCUUUUGAAUCUAA